UCAAAUAUAUUGAGAAGCCAGAUCUUCUUAUUGGGCUAUUGCUUCUUCCACAUUUUUCUGCUGCUUUUGUGGCUGUUUUUGCUGCGCCUUGCAUAUGCAUUGUGUGAGGUUGGAGUAGCACAUGGUGUGUAGGUUAGAUCGAAAACUUCUGUGCAACCUUGACAGGAGUUUCUCUCGAGUUGUGAACCCCUUGCUCUAACCUUCUAUUCCUUCAAGCAUAUUUCUGUGGUAUUGUACUUUUUUGAAUUCUAUGACUUGAGCUCCCAGUUGUCCCUUUAACACAUCGAAUUGUAUACACUAUUGAUAACAUAAUUUUGAUGCUACCUCAGAUCCCUCGAGUAUCAGCUAACCCACCAGCCGUUAUUCGCAAGGCUAGGAAGAGUCGAACUACCCGCUUCUUAGGGCUCGCUCGAACUUGUGGAAUUAUCGAAGACGAUAAUGUGGAGAACGAAGAGAGUAACUACAAGGAAAGCGAUAAGAAAAUAUACAUUGUGAAGCAUAAAGAGAGAUACACGUACGGCGAGGAUAACCAGAAUAGAACAAGCUCUGAACCUCAGAAGGGAAAGAAAUUCUACCUGGUAGCACAUCUCAAAGAUAGCGUACAAUCGAGCGAACCUGGUCCGACUGCCACUGAGCGGCCGCGCAACCUUCACAUACCGAUAACUAUAUCUGACGACCGGAGUGAAGACAGUGACAUAAAAAAUCGUUUUCUGUUUGCCUUACAAAGUCGUCCCCAAAGCUCAAGUGGAGUGACACAGUUCGCAAUCCCUACAAAGCGACCCUUUUCACCACCUGUAGCUGAUUCUACCUCUGCUACCGCAUAGCAGCGUAUACAGGAGGAGCUGCUUGCGCUGGAGGAAUUUCAGACUAUUAAGGUUGGGCCGCCAAAUUCACAGGAGCUACUUUAUGUUAUUCCAGAUACAGAUAUCAAUUGGCUGACAAAUUCAGAGGACCUAAUUGGUGAUCUUAAAGAUACAGAUUUCGAGCUAUUUCCACAGGAGCAGAAAUUUCCAGUGAAUCAGAAACAUUCAGAUGUGCUCGAGUAUAUCGAAAAGAAAAAUCGGCGGCUCACACGAGGAACCGCGAUGGAGAGUCAUCAGAAAAACAUCGGAAUCCCUCAACACAAUGCUUCGUCGAUCAUAUACCCACAGACCAGGCAGCCUAGCAACGAUGGACGUAAGCAGUUCCACUACUUUCGCGGUGGAGUUAACACCGCAGAACAAUUGAAGUCGUCCGGAUACGCACAAGGUUUAGCACCUCAGCCAACUGGCCAGGUACAAGAGGAACAGAACUUCAACACCAAUCAGGCAUAUAACAAUCCAACACAUAUCCAUCCGCAACCUUUGGAUAUCUCGGCUGGGUAUAGUUCUGAGUUGAAUGAGCUUCUCGAGUAUAUAAAAGCCCUCCAGAUGAGAGCAGAUGCCUUGAAACUGGCGCAAAGAGAAUAAGAGCCAUCCCAGUACAAGAUUCUGUACCGCUUGGGCCAAGAAAUCAAUUUGGACGUGUACUUAGACGCCCCGCAAUGGGCUUUUGGACAGAAUAGGUCGAAGAUACUAAAGAGUAGUCUUCUGGUAUCAAACGUUUUGGCUUAUUUGGAAAAGCAUCCAGCCAUCGCAUUCAUUGUCUAUCGCACGUACGAUGUCAACCCCACUCGACGGCGAAGGGACGGACUACGGUGAUACUUCUGGUGUCUUUCCACCCGUUGAACAUCCAACAGAGUCUAUUUCAAUAAUAUCCGACAAUCUGAAAUUGACCCUAACAGAAUUUUCGAUGCUAGCAUCUGUGUCCACUGAGCUAGCUGAUUCGAUUAGCCGAGGCGAAGAGGUCCGCGCACCAUAUCUCUUCAUAUACCACUCUCGAUCUCUUAUUAAUCAGUACCUAGAAGUAUUCUCGGAGGAGGUUAAUCGAUAAUAAAUAAUAAUUAUAAUAAUAAUAUUAUUUAUAUUAGUAGUGGAAUACUUAGUUGUAUUUAAGCUUAAUAGGGUAAAGUCGAAUAUAAUCAUAAAUUGAAGUCAGAAUAGUAGAGUACAGAUUUUAUUGCUUUUUCUGUCUUAUUUU